CCCACUGUUGGUGCUGUCAUAAUCUCAAUGACACUUCCGUAGUUUUUUUUUCUGUGUACGGUCGUUAGGUGUUGGUUUCUUGUUCGAUACGUUUUGCAAAAAUGCCUGAGAAUACCGAGCAAGGCGAGCUAGAAAAUGUCCGUGUCGUGGUCCGGGUCCGUCCAAUGGACAAACAAGAAAUCGAGAGUGGCACUCAAAACAUCGUAAAAGUGGAUAAAAUCAAUCGAUCUGUGACUGUGCUGAAACCUGGUGCAACUGCAAAUGAGCCUCCGAAAACUUACUAUUUUGAUAAUGUUUUCGGUGAGGAUUCGUCACAGAUUGAUUUAUACGUGGACACAGCGAGGCCUAUAGUAGACAAAGUCCUUGAAGGUUACAAUGGCACCAUUUUGGCAUACGGCCAGACCGGAACCGGCAAGACUUAUACAAUGUCAGGAAACCCAGAAUCUCCUCAGACCAAAGGAAUUAUUCCCAACAGUUUUGCACACAUUUUUGGCCAUAUUGCUAAAGCAAAAGAUAAUCAAAAGUUCCUAGUUCGGGUAAGCUACAUGGAAAUUUAUAAUGAAGAAGUCAGAGAUCUACUGGGAAAGGAACUUAAUAAAAGUUUGGAAGUUAAAGAACGUGCAGACAUUGGAGUGUUUGUGAAAGAUUUAAGUGGAUACGUCGUCCACAAUGCAGAUGAUUUGGAUAACAUCAUGAAACUUGGAAAUAAAAAUCGUAUGGUCGGUGCGACCAAGAUGAACUUGGAAUCAUCUCGAUCACAUGCUAUAUUUUCAAUCACGGUUGAAUCAAGCGAACUUGAUGAAGCUGGUGCACAACAUGUGAAAAUGGGUAAAUUGCAAUUGGUCGAUUUGGCUGGGUCUGAACGACAAAGCAAGACCCAAGCAACUGGGAUUCGUUUGAAGGAGGCCACAAAGAUUAAUCUUUCCCUUUCUGUAUUGGGGAAUGUGAUUAGUGCUCUAGUCGAUGGUAAAAGCACGCAUAUUCCGUAUAGAAAUUCAAAGUUAACAAGGUUGCUGCAAGAUUCACUUGGUGGCAAUUCAAAGACUGUUAUGUGUGCAAGUAUCAGCCCCUCAGAUUCGAACUACGUCGAAACGAUUUCCACAUUGCGUUAUGCCGGUCGUGCAAAGAACAUUCAGAAUAGAACUCAUGUUAAUGAGGAGCCGAAGGAUGCACUUUUGCGUCAUUUCCAAGAAGAAAUUGCUGAAUUGAAACGUCAGUUGGAAGAAGGCUCCUUCAACUUUACACCCGAUGACAUUGAGGAAUGCGAGGAAGAACCGGAAGAAAUUGAAAUUGAAGAUAUUGAAGAAAAUGGUGAAACUAAUGAGAUGAAUCCAAAGAGAAAGAAGAACAAACGAAAUGAAAUAGACAAGGAGAAAACGGAUGAAGAGAAAGAGUUGUUGGAAAAGCGUGCCUUGGAGAAUCAGCAGGAAUUAAACCGCACAAAGACCGAACAAGAACAACUUCGCAACAAAUUGAUGUCCUUAGAGACCAAAAUACUGGUAGGAGGCGAAAACUUACUUGAAAAGGCACAGGCUCAGGAAACACUUUUGGAGAAUUCAAUUCAAGAACUUGUACUGCGUGAAAAGGCGGAAGAAGAAUUACGGAAAUCACUGCAGAAGAAAGAGACUGAACGAAUUGAUGUCGAAGAACGGUAUUCUAGUCUUCAAGAAGCAUGCGUUGGAAAAACCAAGAAAAUACAACGCGUCAUGCAAAUGUUGAUGAGCGUUAAAUCUGAAUUGGCCGAUCAACAGCAGGAACACCAACGGGAAAAGGAAGGCAUUUAUGAGAACAUUCGCAGUCUCUCGCGCGAAUUAGCGCUGUGUGAAUUAGUGUUGAAUUCGUACAUACCUAAGGAGUAUCAGAUGAUGAUCGAACGUUAUACUCACUGGAACGAGGAUAUCGGCGAAUGGCAGUUGAAAUGCGUUGCUUACACUGGAAACAACAUGCGAAAACAUAUUUCUGAAAACAAAAGCAGUGCCAAUGAGAGUGAUUUCAUGGAUUUGUCGCAUGUUUACCUAAGCUACAACAAAGACAGUGUCCAGGAGCCGAUUCGUGCGAAAAGUCAACGUCCACGAACUUCCGGCGUUCCGCGUCCCACAACUGCCCGGAAGUAUAUGUGAGAAGACGUCGAAUAAAUCGUCACAGAAUUGUGGUAUUAUUGAUAUUAAAUUU